AUGCCGCAUCCAUCCCAGGUACCACGGUGCGCCCAGGACAUCAAACGAGUGACAGCGCCCAUGUCGCGUACAUGCUAUGAGCGCUGGGAAUCGGAAACUCGGAAACACCCCAACGACCACGAACCACGGUGCACACAGGACACUAAACGAGAGUCGACGGCGCUAGGCCCUUUCGAUCAACAGCCCAAAAAGGUAAGUACCCCACCCCAUCGCCGUCGGCCCCCUUCAACGGACGACGACGAGCGCCCACUCCACCUAGGGACAACGACGACCCGCACCACCGACGACCUCCCACGAAUAACGAGCACCUACGGAUAA